AUCAGAAGCAGCAGCAAGUCUCCAGUCCUUAUCUCACACCAUGCAGCAUCUCAACAUUUCCAGCCACAAUUCCACUUCCUGGAACACCAAAGACGUUGCCACCAGUGUUGUCCUUGGAUUGUGCUGUGUGGUGGGCAUCCCCGGAAACCUUCUGGUCGUAGUGGCAAUAAGCCGGCACCUUCGCAAGGCCUCCCUGAUGGUGAAGCUGAUGCUGAACUUGGCCCUGACAGACAUCUUGUCCCUGCUUAUGGUGCCCUUGUGGAUAGUGGCCCUACUAGAAGGUUGGCCGUAUGGACACGCUGCUUGCAAGAUCCUCUCCUAUGCUAUCUACUGCGGCCUGUAUGCCAGCGUCCUGACCAUCACCCUGAUGAGCAUCCAUCGCUACCUGAAGGUUCUGCGACCGUUCUGCAAGGCCAGGCUCCAACUAGGGGGGAGAGACGAGAGGGUUCUGCUGGCCUCCUUAUGGGCCAUGGCAUGCUUCCUGGCAAUUCCAGCAGCCAUUUUGCGGAAGGUAGAGGAGGCUGGGAGCGGGAGACCAGCCUGCAUACCUCACUUCCACUCGCAUCUGGAGGAGGCCACCAUACUCCUUCUGGAGACCCUUCUGGGGUUCCUGGUCCCAGGUGUCAUCCUUACCGCCUCCUACCUCUGCAUCAUCCAUAGAGUGGGUCGCUCCCCCGUCCUCUCUAGCCAUAGGCUCAACCAACUGGUCACCUGGGUGGUAGUGGCCUUCUUCUUAUUCUGGGCCCCCUGGCAUGCCUUGAACCUGGUGCAAGCAGCGGCUACCUUUGUAGAGGGGGAGAGGCCAGGGAGGGAGGUAGGGGCGAGGCUGCGGAAGGCCAUCAGGCAAGGCCAUAAUGUGGCAGGAGCCCUCACUUUCCUCAACAGCAGCCUGAACCCCUUCCUGUACGCCUUUGCCUCUCGGAGCCUGCGGAAUGGCAGCAGCCUGCUGAAGAGGAUGGAGCGUGUCUGUCACCCCAAGUUUCCUGACAAGCCUGAACCAGACCGCAGGAGGGCCGUGCUGGGUAUCUCGUCCAUUGACAUCACCCUCGCCACAACGGCCGAGCUGCGUCCCAUGCAGCCAGCAUCCAGUCUUUCGUCUGAGCUCAAACCAAGGUGUGUUCCAGACACCCAAAAAUCCUCUCUUUAGA